AUGGAUGCGCACGUUUUAUUCCUGGGGAAGAAUGGAAUCCAAGAGGAGGCACUAAAGAAUUUGGUUCUCUCUGGUGUAGGGGUAACACUGGCAAACAACCUAUACGUGAACGAAGACGAUGUCAAAUAUAGUUUUCUUUUGCGUGAAUCGGAUUUAGGGAACAGCCAUGCGGAGUCGUUGGCUUGUAGGUUACGUGAGAUGGUUGCGGAUAAGCGUAGGGUGAACUUCAUAACAGAUUCCUUGGUGAAAGAUGAGUAUCUGAGUGGCGUACACUCGUACAAAAUCGACGAGUCCAUAAUUGAGAAAUUCGAAAUAAUAUCGUUCGCCGCCGAAGAUUACGCAAUUCCGAAGAUGACUCACGUGAACAAUAUAUGCCGGCUGAAAGGAGUAGCACUAAUUGCAUCCAUGGGUAAUGGAACGCAAGGCUUUUUGUUCCAGGAUCUCAUCCGGCAUACAGUCCUGGAAAAAAUAUCUAAAGAAGCUGGAUCGGUCGGCAUAGAAUAUCGCAGUUUUCAUGACAUCUUGAGCGAGCAAUCGUACCCAGAUAUACAAGAUGCGUCACUUGAAAACCUAAGCUUUAUGAUCCAGUUGAGCGAGAUAUGUAAUAGAGUCGGAGGAAGAGAAGCCGAUGUCAUAUCGUUAUAUAAGAUGAGAGGGAAGUGCCUAGCCAUCACAAACGGGAUCUUGGGAGGCUAUUUGGGUAUUAACAGUGACUCUAAAAUUGAUAUUAUAUAUGCAGCUCUGGAGAUAAGGAAGUUUAUCACCAAGCAACAUGAAACCAUCCCGAGAAUAAAUAAAACCACAUAUUCAGGGGUGAGUCUUGAAGGUUGCAAUACGCCGGAAGAUGUUGUUAGAAGGGUGGCGCAACUUGAGGUUUAUGGCAAAGAAUAUGUGGAUGAUGAAGUGCGAAAGUCUAGUCCGACGUUUCAAACGCUAUUGAAUGACAUUUUAGCAGAAAAAUUGACCACAUACAGGAGUAAAAGAGGGAGAGAGAAGACAAAAUUCAUUCAGGAGUUGAAGGGUGCUCUCACGUCUGAGAAGGUGGACGUUGGUAAUGACACCACUGAUGAAGACAUUAUACGUCUUGCAUCUGAACAGGAAUCCCGCGAGCGAAUAUUGGCCCAGCUGCCUCCUACUAAGCCCUGCAAUGAAAUGAGUCAGCGUAUAGAUUCUUAUAGAGACGAGGCAGAUUCUAUAUUCGCUGUUUAUAGGAAUAUCAAAGAUGACAAAAUACUCCAAUCUUUUAUAUCGCAGGUCAAGGAUGAAUUAGACAUGUUAUCUGUAGACCAUAAAGAUUGCGAAAAGCCCGAAGAACUGAUAAACCGUCUCGCUUACGGUAGGGUGUUUCCCCAGGAAAAGGAGUAUAAAGCUAAGGCACCUAACGUGACAGCGGAGAACGUUUUGCAUCGAUGGAACAAUGCAACUAUUGAUGAUAUGUUCCCUUUCAGCGCGAUUCUAGGUGACGCUCACGGUAUUUUUGGUGUCAACGGUGGCAUUCUAGAUAACGUGUCAGGCAUGUCCGACAUGCUGGAAGAAGACGGAUUGCUCGCGGGCAGUCUUUCGGUGCUCAAAGACAUCGCAAAGAUGUUCGGCGUAAACAUAGAUAGUAGUGAAAAGAAGAGGAUCGUCUUCGAAAAUCAGGAUACUCCCAUAGAUGGUCAGUUAGCGGCAGCACCGGACACCAACCCCCCCCCGGAAGAAGCAGAAUUCAACGACGACGAACUGCAGCCGUUGUUUGCAAAAGUCAAGCAGACUAAUGAUAAAGUUCUCCUAGAAAUGUUCAUGAAGAGUGCUAAGGUAAGUAGUGAAUGCUAA